AUGACAUCCACAAGCAAUAGUCACCUGCGACCGCAAGAAGAACUGCAAGCAACGCUGCUACCAGCGAAUUCCGUCUUGGGCUCGACGCCGCUCCCCACCGCUACUCCCGUUGUGUACGACGACGAGCUGUUGAGCCAAUCGUGGCAUACGGAAGAAGAUGCCCCCGUGUUGCCACACUAUCCCACGGACCGCAAAUACGGCGACGAUGUGAAACGACGAUUGGAACUCGCUCAACGACAAGGCCGACAAGCGUCUUGCGCGGAACGCCUCAGUGUCUCCCAACACAACCGCAAGGUCCCGGCGUACAACAAUCAAAUGGACUUGGAUGUGAACCGCGCCAAUGAAGUAGCUCGUGUCGAGAAUCAUCGAGAACGACGCUUGACCAGUCCGGCGUUGGUCACACGGUCGGUCGAACCAAAACCAGCCGCCGUAAGACGCAACACGGAAGCACCCCAACAAUCGACGUACUUUGAGCAAAAGGGUACGGGAUAUCAAGUCCAAGACUACCAGAUGGAUGAAUACGAUGGUGGAGAUUAUUCCUACGAUAUCUCAGAGUACAAGAGUGAUUAUGAAUGAGUAAAAGGAAAAAGGAAACAACAAUCAGGUGCUUGCUGGCUACGGUUGGCUAUGGAGCAUCUAUCAAUCAAACAGCAGAGGGGGCUAUUUUAUGUUUUCGUGUGAGUGAAGAGACGCAAGUUCCAGAAAUAAAUGAAAAAGUCAAACAGACAACAAUCCACAAUCUACCAUUAGCAUGAUCUUGUAUACUAUUUAGACUUGCAUUACAUAAUAUCAACGUCGUUCUGGCUAUCCGCAUUUUAUUGCGGGUUUGCAGGGUGUCUAGUGCUGCCAGUUUUUUACUAAUUUGAUCUAUGUAGCAGAUGGGCCACCAUCGGCAGCCCCCAUCACGUCUCUGAUGGUCAAAGGCAUUGAUACCAACGGACUCUUCUUCCGUCUGGAAAUAGAAGACCCAAUGUGGUCGGGGAAAGCAGGAACUCGGUAAUUGUUCAUAGCCUUCGCAGGGCAGGGCAUCAAAUAGUUUUGGCAGGUCUUCUUCUUAUUACUGACUCUCCUUGUUGUUCUGGUCCACCGCGGCUAUUUGACACAAUCGUCCAAUCAACCCCAACAAUUGCAACAACGUAUUGCAUCCAUCAAUGACACGCAUGUGCGUAAACCCAAUUUCACGAAGAUAUUCCAAUUUCAAUGCUUCCGGUAGAUCCUUGCUCGAUUUGGUCACUUUGAACAACGUCCCGAUAAUAUCACUGGCCGCAUAACCCGUCUUCCACAAAUCCUUCAUUUGACGCACGGCCGGACCCGUAUUUCCUUGUUGGCACGCCGCAAUGAUUUCGCCCAAUAUUUUGGGAUGUGGUUGAUCGCACACUAAAAAGACCGUCGAUUGAUUGACGACUCCUCCGCGACUCGUACACGCUUGAAAAUUGUUGAGGGCAUGACGCAUAUCUCCUUCGGCCGUAAACAACAGCGCUUCCAAUCCGUCAUUGGUGUACGACACUUUUUCGGCGGCGGCCACUUUGAUGAGACAACUCAACACUUGUUCGUUGGUGAGACGGGAAUACCGCAAAAUGGCAGCCCGCGAUUGAAUGGCUUCAAUGAUUUUGGUCGAAAUAUUGCAUGCCAAACAAAAACGGGUCGUUUUGGAAUAGAUUUCCAUCGUUCGUCGAAGCGCUUGUUGGGCGGCGCCAGUCAUGCUAUAACAUAAUAUUAUGGAGUGAGAUGGAGAUUAGUUAGUUUAAACAAGCAAGAAUUGGAGAAUACCGUAGAUUGUCCGUGCCACAACUCUGCAGUAAUAGUAUCUCGUACUUACCUAUCAGCCUCAUCCAAAAUGAUAAUCUUGUGCCUAAGAAAGGCGGCGACCAAACAAUAGAAAGAAAUCAGAUCGAUGGACCCAACUUAGCAGCAUUCCAAGCAUUUUCUAUCCACCCAUGAAAACGUACCGUCCAGGAGGCAGAGUGACCUUGUUCAUGGCAAAACUCUUGAUUCGAUUGCGGACCACCUAUGCGUAGAGUAAUAGGGGAAUCGCAUGCAGAUAAAUAAUGAUAAAUGAAUGAGACAAACGGUAGCAUUUCCAUUUUCCCAUUGACUCUCUACACAAAUAGAACGUACAUCAAUACCACGAGCAUCCGAUGCAUUCAAUUCCAAGACUCCAUUCUUGUAGGCAUCUCCCAACAAUUCUCGUGCCAAUGCGUGCACGCUGGUAGUUUUUCCUAGAAAACACAAUAUACCCAAAACAUGAUGGUGAGUCCACAUCCAGCCAUCAAUCAAAAGAUAUUUCAAGUCUCUUCAUAUAGUAAUGAUCAAGGAUAACGCACCUGUCCCUGGAGGUCCACUGAGAAUGAGAUUGGGGACAUUUCCAUCCUUGGCAAUGGCGCGCAGUCGGACCAACGUCUCUUCAUUGCCCACCACAUCAUCCAACGUUUUAGGACGGUACUUUUCCACCCAAGGAGUCUGGUAGCCACCUCCCUUCUUUUGCUUCUUGGUGGGGCCGCCCGAGUUGGCGGAAGUGGAAGUAGUAGCAGUAGCGCUCAUGGUGA